ACCCUAAAGAGGCUUAGAUCGCUACAUCGACGCCGGUCCUCAUCGCCGGCCGAAACUUCGACUCUUUGUUCAUAGUCAGGCUCAUUUCUGAUUCUUCACUCUCGUAGCUGGACCAUUCAGGUCAGCUUCUGUUUGUUUCCCACUUCUGUUUGUCUUGAUUUCACUUGAGAUACUAAGAUUGAUCCGAUCUGAUUCGAGCGACGAAGCUAUAAGGCGUCACAUAGAGAGAAACGCAUUUGGGGAAAGAAGAGUGUGAUUUUGCGAUCUGUGAUUUUUUGUGAGGGAGAAAUGUCGUUUAGAGGGAAGGAGAUGAUGAAGAAGCUUGUGAAGAGAGUGGGUGCGGAGAAUAUCACGCCGGAGCUCAAGGAGAAGCUCAAGGCUUGUGUACCCGAUGCAAAAGUCGUCAUGGGCAGAGCCAAACGCGGUCUCUACGCCGGCCGUCAUAUCCAGUACGGCAACCGCAUCAGUGAAGACGGUGGCAACAAGUCAAGAAGAUGUUGGAAACCAAAUGUCCAGGAUAAGCGAUUGUUCAGCUACAUAUUCGACCGUCACAUUAAGGUUAAAGUCACAACACACGCUCUCCGCUGCAUCGACAAAGCAGGGGGAAUAGACGAGUACUUGCUGAAAACACCAUACCAAAAGAUGGACACGGAGAUGGGUCUCUUCUGGAAAACCAAAGUGGAGCAAAAAUAUGCAGAGCUAGGUCAAAUGGAAGUAGCGUUCUUUACUCCAGAGGAUGAAGCCAAGUUCGAGCAAGGAUUCAAAGACUUGAAUAUAGCUAAGAAAGAUGCUCGUAGGGAAGCUAGAAGAAAAAUGUAUGGGAGGAAAGGCGGAGAAGAGAAAGGUGAGGAAGAAGCUUCUAUCGAAGGUGUUGUAGGGUCUGAGUCACACCAGGAAGAUGAUCAUGGUUGGUUAGAAGCUAAAGCUUAGUGCUCAUCUCUUUUCUUUCACAUGAGUUUCUUCAACGUUUUUGGAUUUUCGAUGAUGUGAGAGGUAUGUGGGAUGUAGGUUUAUAGGGUUUGAAUCCUCCUUACGUACCCCAUAACUCAGGUUUUGACUUUGAUCAGUACCGAAAAAGUCUUGUAAUAAAACGGUUCACAGUUACAACCUCUUUGGAAUUUGAUCUCUAUUAUUUACU